AUGGAGGACAGAGGUAGGACCGGUUUCCGCGAAGGCGGCUGGGGAGCGGAGCAGGGACCUAUAAAUGACGUCAGGGGGUCUAACCCUAACGUGAUGGGGAACGGCGGAAGCUUUUCCGCCAGAGGGGGAAAUGGAGAGGCAGGGGAAGCGGAAGCGGGGGGUUCCGAUAAAGGCGCGGGAAGGGCGGCGGAAAGGGAGGAGGGGAAGGAUCGGGCUUGGGGGAAUGGCCAGGGGGAAGGCGCGGGGGAGGACGAGCGGAAGAGAAAAGGGGGAGCGGGGGAAGAGGACGACAGGGGUUUCGGAAGGGUCUGGGGGGAACCUGGGAGAUAUGGGUGGGGCGGAGGGCGGAGGGAUGGCGGGUUUGGGGACGGGGGUUUUGACGACAGCGGGGGUUUUGGCGGAAGAGGAGGGGGGGACGCGGGGGGAGGCGCGCAUGGGGGGAGAGGCGGGAUGGGGCGCGGGGGAAUGGGCGGGGAGAUGGGGCCGAUGGGAAUGGGGGGGAUGGGUAUGGGGCAUAUGGGGGGACCGAUGGGGCCAGGUAUGGGGGGCAUGGGGGGAGGCAUGGGCGGAGGGGGGAUGGGCGGCGGGGGGAUGGGCGGCGGGGGGAUGGGGGGAGGCAUGGGGAUGGGUAUGGGGAUGGGGAUGGGGCAUAUGGGCAUGGGGAUGGGGAAUAUGGGGGGAGCGGGAAGAAUGGGAGGCAUGGGGGGAAUGGGAGGCAUGGGGAACAUGGGUGGAGGAAUGCCUAUGGGGGGAGGGGGUCCGCCUAUGGGCGCAGGGCGUCCCCCUAUGGGCGGAGACGGAAUGGGCGGAGGGGGAAUGGGCGGAGGGGGAAUGCCCAUGGGUGGAGGGCCAGGAAUGCAGAUGGGGGGAGGUCCGGGCGGAAUGGGGGGACGGGGGAUGCACAUGGGGCCGCCUGGGGGAAUGCCCAUGGGCGGAGGGGGGCCGGGGCCGGGGCCGGGGACAGGAGGCGGGGGAGGCGGAGGCGGAGGGGGAGGCGGAAGCGGAGGGGGAGGCGGAGGGGGAGGAGGAGGCGGAGGGCCAGGGGGAGGGGAAAGCCGCCAGAUGGGCGCGGGAGGGCCUGGAGGCCCGCCCAUAGGCGGAGGGAUGGGCGGAGGCAUGGGCGGAGGCAUGGGGGGAGGCAUGGGGGGAGGCAUGGGCGGAAGGAUGGGCGGGGGAGGCAUGGGGGGAAGGGGCGGCAUGGUAACGCCUGGGGGCCGCAUGGGGUAUGUGGCAACACGGGGGAAGUCAAGGGGGGCGCAGAAUGACUAUUCCCAACACUUUGUGGAUACGGGAUACAGGCCCCAGAACUUUAUACGCGAUAUGGACGUGAAUGAUAGGUUUGAGGAGUAUCCGAAACUGAAGGAGCUUAUAACGAGGAAGGAUCGGAUUGUGGCGGAUGCGACCACACCUCCUGUGUACCUUCAGAUGGACCUAAAACAGGUCGAGUUGACUCCGGAAAUCUUCGGCACCAAGUUUGAUGUCAUUCUGAUCGACCCUCCUUGGGAGGAGUAUGUGCGGCGGGCACCAGGCAUGGGGGACGAGAUAGAAUGGUGGACACCCCAAGAAAUUAUGGCUUUGCGAAUCGAGGCCAUAGCCGACACGCCUUCUUUCGUCUUUCUGUGGGUGGGGGAUGCUGAGGGGUUGGAGUAUGGACGCAUGUGCUUGAAGAAGUGGGGCUUUCGCCGCUGUGAGGACAUCUGCUGGGUGAAGACCAACCGGGAGAAGCCUGACAGCCCCUGGGGGCACACGUCUGAGACGCUGUUCCAACACUCCAAGGAGCACUGUCUGAUGGGCAUCAGGGGGACAGUCAGGAGGAGCACAGACGGCCAUGUCAUUCACGCAAACAUUGACACUGAUGUGCUUAUAUCGGAGCAGCCCCCCUUUGGGAGCACGGAGAAGCCUGAGGAGCUCUACUCCCUCAUCGAGCACUUUGCUCUCGGGCGGCGGCGCAUAGAAUUGUUUGGCGCUGACCACAAUAUCCGGGCAGGCUGGCUGACCGUGGGGAAAUCUCUCACCUCCUCAAAUUUCAACCCCCAG